CUUGGAGAUAAGAGUGGUAUUUCAAAAGACAAACGGACGAACCGAAGUCACUCACAGUUUAGUUUGUUUCUCAAGGGUCAAUAUGAAGCUGUUCGUGGUACUUGCUUUUGCUCUGGCCACUGUGGUCCUUGCGGAGGUCGAUGAUGAAGAGCUCAGCCGCAUUGCAAUGCAGAAUCCCGACUUGUUCGGAGGUGACAUGGCCGGAAUUGAUGGUCCAAAUGAUCCAGAAAGAAAUGCCAUUCCACAGACAAGAUACCGAUGGCCUGGAGCUAAAGUUCCUUACGUCAUCGAUUCUUCCUUAUCUACAAAGACAGAUCUCAUCUUGAGAGGAAUGAAAAACUACCAUGAUAAAACAUGCGUCAAAUUCGUUCCCAGGACCGUUGAAAAGGACUACAUCAGAAUCUUCUCGGGACAAGGGUGCUACUCUAACGUUGGAAAAAUUGGUGGUCAGCAACCAGUGUCUUUGGGUGUUGGUUGUCAUUAUGUAGGAACAGUAGUCCACGAAUUAGCCCAUGCUUUAGGAUUUUACCAUGAACAGAACAGAUCAGACAGAGAUCAGUUCCUUGUAAUAUAUUUGGAAAAUGUCCGAAGAGGAAUGGAGUCAAAUUUCGUGAAGCUCUCCUAUGCGCAAAACUUACUGCUCACCCCAUUCGAUUACGACUCUGUGAUGAUCUACGGAAACAAAGCUUUCUCUAAAGACGGCAGAUCGGAUACAAUGGUAGCCAAAAAUGGGCAAAGACUUCUUGAUCCUUAUUAUAAACAAGGAAUGACCAAAUCUGAUAUCACUCGGGUUAAGAAGAUGUACAACUGCUAAUUUUAGAACUUCUAUUGCAGUCUUUUUGAGUUCUAUUCUAUUACAAGAGUCUAUUCAGAGGAGUUUGAAUGAAACCGCUUAACUGAUUUUUUCAUGCAUUUCUUUUUUUGUAUAGAUUUUUUGGAAUAAAAUAAAGGAUUUUAAAAUUA